AGUGCUUCUGAUGUACAAUGGGGGUGUGUUGUCCAAAGAAGAAAACACAGCUACAAUGUUGUUGUAAUAUUUGAAAUGAACAUGUUGAUAAACUGACACGAAAGAAUAUGAUAAAAUGAAUUUAGAACAUGAAAAUACACAUGGGAACGGGCUGUUAUACGCUGGAUGGAACCAAGACCAAGGAUGUUUUGCUUGUGGAAUGGAAAAUGGAUUCAGAGUAUAUAAUGCUGACCCGUUGAAGGAAAAAGAAAGACAAGAUUUCUCUGAUGGAGGAAUUAGGCAUGUGGAAAUGCUUUUCCGAUGUAAUUAUUUAGCUUUAGUAGGAGGAGGGAAAAAUCCUAAGUAUCCAUGUACAAAAGUUAUGGUCUGGGAUGAUUUAAAGAAAAAACAUGUAAUUGAAUUAGAAUUUUCUACAGAUGUCAAAAGUGUGCGGCUGAGAAGAGAUAGAAUUGUAGUUAUAUUAGACACAAUGAUAAAAGUAUAUACAUUUACACAGAACCCUCAGCAACUUCAUGUGUUUGAAACAUGCACAAACCCAAGAGGUCUAUGUGUCAUGUGUCCUAACAGCAAUAAUUCAAUACUUGCAUUUCCUGGGCGUAAACCAGGUCAUGUUCAGGUGGUAGACCUUGCUAACACAGAAAAAUCACCCACAGACAUAGCUGCUCAUGAAGCACCUCUUAGUUGUAUAGCUCUUAAUCUACAAGGCACAAGGUUGGCUACAUCGUCCGAAAAAGGAACAUUAAUCCGAGUGUUUGAUCCUAUGUCAGGAUUACAGUUGCAUGAACUAAGAAGAGGUGCAAAUAGUGCUAACAUUUAUUGUAUAAAUUUCAAUCAAGAUUCCAGUUUGCUUUGUGUAGCUAGCGAUCAUGGAACAGUCCAUAUAUUUUCUACAGAAGAUCCUAAACGAAAUAAACAAUUAGGUAUUGGGUCUGCUAGUUUCCUACCGAAGUAUUUUAGCUCAACAUGGAGUUUUUCCAAGUUCCAAGUUCCUGGUGGUGCUAGAUGUCUUUGUGCCUUUGGUGCAGAUUCUAAUUCUGUGAUAGUUGUGUGUGCUGAUGGAAGCUAUUACAAAUUUGUGUUCAACCAGAAGGGGGAGUGUACUAGAGAUGUAUACGCCCAGUUCUUAGAGAUGACAGAUGAUAGAUCAUGAUUUUUCUUGACAUUUUAAAUGACCAACGGAUGAUUAUAAUGAUGCUUUUGUUACAUAUUAAACUACUGUUUCUCAACCAAUGAGUACCAUCAUUGUCAACAUUGUCAAAAUUAAAUUUUUGGUUCAAUUAGUACAGUCAAACCUGCUGAAACUUUUACUUUAAUUCAUAGGUCAUAUUUAACUGAAAAAAACAUUUGAGAUACAGACAAAUAUUUUCUCUUCAUUAAAAAAAAGAAAUUCAUGGACCACCUUUCAAAUGCAUUAAGUUCAUGUGUUCCAUCAUAAUAACAGUAAUUUCCAACAGCCCAUGAAAUUGGAUACAGAAUGCUAUAGCAAAUGGCAAGGUAUUUUUUGUUUGUACAGAUAAAGAGGUUGACUGAGGGAGUAAAGGACUACAAAAACAAAUUUUAAUUGUAAAUGUAUUUACUGUAAAUAUAUACAUACAGAAUUCUAAUGAAGUUACCUCUCGGAGAAUUCCUUUUUGUAUUCUUAUGAGUGAUUGCUUAAAAUAGGUUUGACUGUAUUGAUAUUUAAUCAAUUUAUUGAAUGUAAAAAAAGAUUGUCAGUGACUUUGACAUAGCUGCUUCUUACAAACUAACUUUAUGUGUGGUUCCUUGUCUGAAUAAUUGAAGGUAAUACAAACCUGAAUUAUAUCAAACUUUUUGGAGGUUGAAACAAUAUAUUGUUCUUUUUUUUUUCAUUUGCAUAUACACAUGUAGUGAUUGGUCAUUUUUGUUGAAGUUGUAUGUGUGUGUUUAGUUUGAUAUAGAAUAUCAACAUUCCAUAUUAGAAUUGGUUGUAAACAAUGUAAGGCCAUACAUAAAGUUUAUUGUUUCAAGUGUUGUCCAAAGUUUUUUCCCAUAAAGAUAUCAGUGGUUCAAUGUUUUAAGUUUGUUUAUCAAUUCAUGAAUUACAAAUUUGUUUUAUUAAAGUAUAUAAUGCAAAGCAACUUGACCUGUGACAUGUCUUCCUGCAUGGAACUGCAGUAUUGAUUAUAAAGCAUGUUUCCACAUACAGUGAAACCUGUGUUAUCAAAACCAUAGUUUGAUUGUACUGUGACUGUGCUGUGGGUUAUUCUCAUGGGGUGCUUUUUGGAUAUUUGUUACAGUUAUGAUAUUGAAAAAAGAUAAAACAUUAUAAGAUUCAGUUUUAAGAUCAGUGACUCUCAUUUCAUAAAUAUUCUUUACAAGUAAAAACACUUUGUAAGUGGUGAUCAUUUCAUGAUAAUUUUUCGUCAUAAGUUUUUUUGAUUUUCUUAUAUGAGUCAAAGUUGACAAGGAUGAAAGCAGUUGUGGCCCUAUUUAUGUUUUUAUCAUAUGAGUGAUAUGCAUUGUUAAUAGUUAUAAACAAUGUUUGUGUCAUUUUAGUCAAUAAUUUUUUAUUGUUGGAGUUGACAAUCUAGGUUUGUAAAGAAAGCCUAAACUCUAUUUUUUCCGAGAACAACUACAAGUUGAUGCCAUAGUUUUUGGUCAAACAUAUCUGUUUAUUGGAACUUUAUCCACAUCGGAUUGUGUACAGAGAUCAAUAUACAUUGUGCUAAUACAAAAAGUUCCACGCCCAUUUGAAUUGUUUUGAAUGUGCUGUAAAUUCAUAUAUCUAUUAUGUACUUAUAAAAAAAUAUAUAUAUUAUAAUAUGAUUAAAGUACUGUAUUUCAACAGAGAAUUUUGUGAGAAAAAAAGUAAGCCUGUUAAACUUUUAAGGAGACCUGGAAAAUACUCAAUUAUAUGUAUUUCAAAAUCAGUAGCUUUCAUUUGAUAAUUAACAAUAAUAAAAAAUCAAAUUCAAUGCAGUUUUGAUGUAAGAGGAAUUCCUUUCUAUGUGUUUUGGAUGGAUAGUUGUCUCAUUGGCACUCACACCACAUCUUCCUAUAUCUAAUUAGGAAAAAACAAAGGUUUUGGUUAUUUUUGCUGGAAUUUUGGACUCACAAAUAUAGUGAGCAUUCCUUAUAACACCUUUUGUGGCUCAAUUUUGUUUUUAAUUAAAUGAUAUUGAAUGAUAUAAGAUAUUGCUGCCAGUAAAAAAUAUUGUUUUAAGGACAUACAAUACCAUGGUCCAACACAACUGAUUGUAAAUUGAUCCUUCUUUUUUGUGAAGAAUGGUAGAAGAAAAUUUAUUUUUGAGCUACUGAAUUUGAACGGUGGACAAUGUAUUUGAUACAUGUACAUAUAAAUCAUAUUUUUUGUCAAGAACUAUAUAUUUAAAAUCAUAAGCACAUAUUUAUGUUGUAUGCAAGUUGGAAAGACAGUGUGGAAAUUUGUAUCUAACACAUUUAAUUACCAAAUGUGCAAUGUGUCUAAAAAGAAUAUUGUUUAGGUAUUCAAUGUUUUUAUCAUGUACCUCCAUGAACAAAUGACAACUGUGUAUAUGAAUAUUGAUGUUGAUGUGUAUAUAUAGGUAUUGAUUUAAUUUGUUAUUAACAAAGUACAUAAGUCAAAUUAUUUUGUAAAAUUUGUUCAGUUCUCAGCUUAAUUUAUAAUUAAGAUGCUGUUACAAUAAUACAAAUAGAUAUGUGCUUGGUCUUUCAGUUAUUUUCUUAAGAGUAUUUAAAGUAAUUUAAAAAGUGCUUUUAGUUUAUUGUUAUAUUUAAAUUCAUAUUUUAUUAGACCCAAAAAUCGUCUGGUUGUGUGAAACACAUACCUAUUCGAUGACCUGAUUUUACAAGGUCACAUUUAGGAGUUUAUCAAGCUGCCCUUUAUUUUUAUUGACCCACCAGAUCAUUAAAUAACCUAGUAUUUUCAGUGUAAAAUCUGUAAGUCAUGAUAUUUUUUAUGUCCAACUCUUACUGUUAAUAGAAGGGGAGAUAAUUCUGACUGUAUCAAUAGAAUGUCCUUAAAACUUCUGAACUGCAAAUCUUUUGUUCUAAAUAAAUAUAACAAGAGACUGUCUUCACAUUGAACCACAGGCCCACCUACCAAGGCUAGAAAAAUUGAUGUCUGGCUUGUAAAAAUCAGGUAUACGGGCCAAUAGAUUCUAACUGAAAUUAUAGUAAAUUUAACUUUGGGCCUAUGAAGUCAAAAGUUUAUUGCGAAGACUGAAGAGGUUUGAAAAAAUUAAUUGAUAGAUGGCAAGAGUAUUUAUAAUUCUAUGUACAUAUAAUUUAAUGUCUUAAUUUGAUUGAUAUUUUAUGAGAAGUAAUAAUUAGGAAUAUUGAUAAAAACAAAAUGAAAUAAUUACUUUGAAGUUGAAAAGGAAAAGGAAGAAUUGUAAAAAAAAAAUUCAGUAUUUGAUUCAUAAUAAUGCUUUUGAAUAUUUUAAAGAAAUUGGCAAUGUUGAAAAUAAAAAAAAUCUCUCUGGAUUAAUUGAGCCACAAAUGUUUGUACAGGUAAUACUGUAAAUGUUUAGGUUUUUUUGCUCGAUUUUUGCUCUAAAGAGGACAAAGAUUGACAUACAUACUACCAAAUCCAACAAAUGCCCACAGAAGUCUAAAGUAUAGGUCUUAGUUUAGUCUAUCUUCCUUUAUAAGAUUAAUUGUCUCAUACUAAACAUUUUGUAGACCUAAUCAAUUGACAAGAACUAGUGAUUGUAUGAUUUGCAUAUCCAAAUUAAGAAUUUAGUAUAGAUAGUUAUUGUCAUUCAGGCUAAAAAAAAUUUACAGAUAAAAAUUAACCAAUAUGUGAAUAAAAUCAGUGGACUUCAAGUGUUGUGUUCCAUAUAACUGCCAACAUUGAUUAGUUUCUUAACCAUGUGUUGCAAUAUAUAUGUAUAUAUACGAAAUUGUCAUGUGAUGUAGUGCUGCAGUCAGUAAAAAAAGUCAUGUAACUGAAGAGAAAAAUAAAGCAUAAUUAUAAUGUU